AUGGCUUCAGACAAAUACCCACCCUACGUACCGAUGCCCUCACUCCGCCACGAGCUAGGACUGAUGUUCGGCUUCUUGUCUCUCUGCAUAGUGGUUGUAGGCGCAUACAUUGCUCUCUGGCGUGUAUACCAAACCCGCCUAGACGCCCAAGACCUCACCCGCCACAAAUCCUUCCGCAGCAAAAACCCAACCCAACCAUUCCUGGGAACAACAACCUCUGUAACAGUAGGUCGAAGCCAAAGUCCAAGCGAUGACACAACCAAAGCAGGUGUUCAAGAAAAAACGUUCGACCGCAUCGGUAUGCCCGAGAACCGCGCUGAGCUGCCAGUCCACGGGAUGGAGAUGUAUCCAGCUAGGAAGGGGUGUACGAUCACAUCGCACAUCAGGAGUCCGUUUAGUCGGUCUACGCCGCCGAGCACUGCUGGCCCUGUCAGUCCGCUUGGGAGUGGCGGGGCUGGGCCAAAAGCUGUUAGUUCUUGUAUUGUCGGGAUGGCGUUGAAGGGAGGGAGGGGUCUGAAUCAGAGUCCUUUGCGUGUUGAUAGGUUUGGGGGUGGGAUUGGUCCGUCUGUUGAGAUUGGACCUGCGCCUAGUCGGGAGUAG